GUAGGAAUUUAUGAGAAGAAAGAUAAGAUAAAAGAUUUUAAUACAGUUCCAGAUCCAUUUUGUUUGGGUGUUGAUUUAGAGAGUUUUUAUAAAAUAGAGUAUUUGGAAGUUAUUGAUUAA